AUUUCUAACCCGUAAAUGACGAAAUUUUAAGAGGGGACCAUGCUCAAAAGUUAGCCUCCGACCAAAAAAACCUGCAAUGGCGGAACAAUCCUCUGUACCUGAAAACCGCGAAGACACCUCUGUUCCCGAAAACCGCGAAGAUUUCGGAAAAUCACAAUUCGGAUGCGACCAUUACAAGAGACGAUGCCGAAUUCGAGCUCCAUGUUGCAAUCGCGUUUUCACCUGUCGCCAUUGUCACAAUGAAGCUAUGUGCUCGUUGAGCAAUCUCAAGGAGCAGCAUGAGCUUGUUCGUCGUGAUAUUAAGCAAGUUAUUUGUGCAGUUUGUGAUACUGAGCAACCGGUGGCAAAAGUUUGCUCUGGUUGUGGGAUUGUCAUGGGAGAAUAUUUCUGUGAAGUAUGCAGGUUCUAUGAUGAUGAGACUGAGAAGAAACAAUUUCAUUGUAAUGAUUGUGGAAUCUGCAGGGUUGGUGGUCGUGAAAACUUCUUUCAUUGUGCGAAAUGUGGAUCUUGCUACUCAAUGAGCCUCCAUGACAACCACGAGUGUGUGCAAGACUCCAUGAAGAAUUUCUGCCCCAUCUGCUACGAGUAUCUUUUUGAGUCGAUCAAAGCCACGCAAGUUAUGAGAUGUGGGCAUACGAUACACACGGGUUGCUAUGUUGAUAUGGUAAACCAGAACCAGUAUCGCUGCCCCAUAUGUUCCAAGUCAACUUUGGACAUGUCAAGUGAUUGGGAAAAAUUGGAUGAGGAGAUCGGAGCUACUAUCAUGCCUGACGAGUAUAGAUAUGAGGUAUUAAUCCUCUGCAAUGAUUGCAGUGGCACAAGCAGAGUGAAGUUCCACAUAUUUGGGCACAAGUGCAGUCAAUGCCAUUCGUAUAAUACCCGCGUAACGGAGAAAAUUGAUUUACAGCAGGAGCCACCAUCAGUUAGCUAGCUCAUUUUUUGUCCAUGAACGUAUUUGCACUGCUUUGAAACAAGUAUUCAGAUUACAAGAGUUGACCUUUUGUUCAUAAAAGUCUAGUUUCCGAUUUCUUGAUGACUGGGUUUUGCACUGGUUUUUUCCUAGAUUUUGAAAGGCGGGCCUUGCCAUUGGUGUAAUCAACAGUUUUUCCAUUGUCAGCAAGUAGUCUCAUAUCGAAUUCAAAAAACCAUGCUAUUAUUACUUAACUAGUGUGUGUCUCGGGUGGCCUCGAGUGUUACUGUUAACAUAUCUGUAUGGAAAUCAUUUGUAAUACCAUGUAGUUUGUAAGUUGUGCUAUGCAAUGGAUAAUCUUGACCAAAAUUUCAGUGUCAUUCUUACUUUGUGAGACUUGAAAUAUGUCAAGUGCAUAUGAAACCAAGAAUGAAAACAUCGUAAAGUGCAUAACUAAUUUUUUAUUUGCAAACAAUGCUCUUGUUGUAGUUGCUAAGCAUCAUAAUCUUUUCGGUUGUUGCUUCAAUUGGAGCUUUGGUAUAUAUUUGGUUGGCUA